UCGAGUCUUCCAGAGGAUAUCCCAUUACCGGUAGAAGCUGGCAUAGGAACUCAAUCCGAUUCAUCUGAAAGAGAGAGUUGCCCUAGUGGGAAUACAAGAAUGCAGAGCUCCUAUCAAAGUAUGAGGAAAACUCAGGAAAUGUCAGGUGAUAGAUCACGUGAUGGGGAAAGACGUUUGAGUCUUCCAGAGGAUAUCCCAUUACCGGUAGAAGCUGGCAUAGGAACUCAAUCCGAUUCAUCUGAAAGAGAGAGUUGCCCUAGUGGGGAUUCAAGAAUGCAGAGCUCCCAUCAAAGUAUGAGGAAAACUCAGGAAAUGUCAGGUGAUAGAUCAUGUGACGGUGUGAGACAUCUUCCAGAGGAUUUCCCAUUAGAAGCUGGCAUAGGAACUCAAUCCUAUUCAUCUGAAAGAGAGAGUUGCCCUAGUGAGUAUGACUCUUGUCUCAUACCAAGCCAAGUGGCUUAUUUUCAUGAAAAACAAGCAGCCGACCGAGAGACACUGGAUGCUACCACCUCAUCUCAUGAACCUGGAGGAAUGGAUAUAGAUAGGAAUGAAGACAUCACGAUGGAAUAUGACGAGAUGAUCAAUCAGUCUUCCCAGAUUUGUGCAAAAGGAAGCGAUCAAAAUGAUCCUAGCUGCAGCCUAACUAAAGAAAAAACAUUUCUCUGUUGUGUUUGUAGCAAAGGAUUUGCCCACAGCCCUAGUUUAUAUAGGCACAAGAGAACCCAUGGAGGAGAAAAGCCCCAUGAGUGUACGUUUUGCAAGAAGAGAUUUCUGUACAUGAACAGUCUAAAGGAACACCUGAGAAUCCAUACAGGAGAAAAGCCUUAUCGGUGUACAGUUUGCGACAAAGGCUUUCAUACAAGUGGUAAUCUUGCACAACAUAUGACAGUUCAUACAGGAAAAAAGAGAUAUGAGUGUAAGUUUUGUGAUAAGAAAUAUAGGCGGAGUAAUGGUCUCGUAGAGCACAUGAGAACCCAUACAAACGAAAAGCCAUAUCAGUGUAAGCUUUGUGAUAAGAAAUAUAGCCAUAACUCUAGUCUGGGUCUGCAUAUGAGAACCCAUACAGGCGAAAAGCCAUAUCAGUGUAUGUACUGCAAUGUGAGUUUUAGUCGUGUUGAACAACUCUCAAGACACAUAGUUACCCAUACAGGUGAAAGGCCCUUCGAGUGUUCCUUAUGUAGCAAAACCUUUUCCGAACGGGGUUAUCUGACAGAACAUCAGAGAGUUCACACAGGGGAAAAGCCAUAUUUUUGUUCUAUUUGUGAGAAAAGAUUCACUAGUAACAGUUAUUGCAAACGACACAUGAGGAUCCAUACGGGAGAGAACCCCUUUCUGUGCUCCGUCUGUGGCAAAAGCUUUCGGGAAAAGAGUACCCAUACAAAGCAUAUGACAACUCACAGUGGAGAAAAGCCUCAUGUAUGUUUGAUUUGUAACAAAGCAUUUUCCAACACCUCAGGUCUUUCAAGGCACAAUAAAAUCCACACAGGAGAAAGGCCUUACGAGUGUUCUUUUUGUAAAAAAACAUUUUCCCAAACCCAUCACCUUUCAAGGCACAUAAAAAUCCACACAGGUGAAAGGCCCUUCGAGUGUUCCGUAUGUAGCAAAACCUUUUCCGAACGGGGUUAUCUGACAGAACAUCAGAGAGUUCACACAGGGGAAAAGCCAUAUUUUUGUUCUAUUUGUGAGAAAAGAUUCACUAGUAACAGUUGUUGCAAACGACACAUGAGGAUCCAUACGGGAGAAAAACCCUUUCCGUGCUCCGUCUGUGACAAGAGCUUUCGGGAAAAGAGUACCUGUAAAGUGCAUAUGAAAACCCACACUUGACAAUUGAUUACCGAAUACUCUCAUGCCCAUAUAGACUUAUAAUAAUACAGGAUCGAUCUGAUUCCUGCAGGCAAUGGGUUCAUCCGCCCAGUUCCUGCAGGCAAUGGGUUCAUCUACCCAGUUCAUGCUGGCAAUGGGUUCAUCCACCCAGUUCCUGCAGGCAAUGGGUUCAUCUACCCAGUUCAUGCGGGCAAUGGGUUCAUCCACCCAUUUCAUGUAGGCAAUGGGUUCAUCCACCCAGUUCAUGCAGGCAAUGGGUUCAUCCACCCAGUUCCUGCACGCAAUGGGUUCAUCCACCCAGUUCCUGUAGGCAAUGGGUUCAUCCACCCAGUUCAUGCUGGCAAUGGGUUCAUCCACCCAUUUCAUGUAGGCAAUGGGUUCAUCCACCCAGUUCAUGCAGGCAAUGGGUUCAUCCACCCAGUUCCUGCACGCAAUGGGUUCAUCCACCCAGUUCCUGCACGCAAUGGGUUCAUCCACCCGGUUCCUGCAGGCAAUGGGUUCAUCCAACCAGUUCCUGUAGGCAAUGGGUUUAUCCACACAGUUCCUGUAGGCAAUGGGUUCAUCCAACCAGUUCCUGCACGCAAUGGGUUCAUCCACCCAGUUCCUGCACGCAAUGGGUUCAUCCACCCGGUUCCUGCAGGCAAUGGGUUCAUCCAACCAGUUCCUGUAGGCAA